GGCACCUCUAGUCACGGGCACUGCCGCCCGAGCACACACCCAGUGUCCGCAGCUAACAGAACAGGACGGAGGUCACUUCCAACACGGUGCUGGCUGCCCGUGCCCGGCCCCAGGUCCCCCCUGUGGCCUCAGUGAUGCCCCUUUGCCCCAUCUCGCUGGCCAGGUCUGUGCCCCCAUGGACCAGCCCACAGGGCUCUCUCUGAGGCCCCGGCCCCAUGUCCAAGCCCCCAAGGAGGGCUGGGCAGCAGGGGACUGGCGGCGGCCGCAGCGGAUCAGCAUCCAGGAGCACAUGGCCAUCGAUGUGAGCCCGGGCCCCAUCCGGCCCAUCCACCUCAUUUCCCAUUACUUCCCACACUUCUACCCCUUUGCCGAGCCGGCUCUGCGCGCCCCGGCUCCACGUCCUGCAGCGGCCCCUGCCAUGCACUCUGCACCCCAGCCACAGCCCGACCCGGAGCCAGAGGGAGACUCAGAUGACAGCACUGCCCUGGGCACCCUUGAGUUCACACUUCUUUUUGAUGCGGACAACAGCGCCCUGCACUGCACGGCUCAUCGGGCCAAGGGCCUCAAGCCACCAGCCUCAGGCUCUGUGGAUGCCUAUGUCAAGGCCAAUCUGCUGCCAGGGGCCAGCAAGGCCAGCCAGCUCCGGACACGCACAGUGCGGGGCACACGGGGGCCGGUCUGGGAGGAGACGCUCACCUACCACGGCUUCACCCGCCAGGAUGCUGGGCGCAAGACCCUGCGGCUGUGUGUGUGUGAGGACCCCCGGCUGCGGCGCCGGCGGCGGGCGCCCCCCUUGGGGGAGCUGCGGGUGCCCCUGAGGAAGCUGGUGCCCAACCGAGCCAGGAGCUUCAAUGUCUGCCUGGAGAAGCGGAGGCUGACCAAGAGGCCCAAGAGCCAGGACGCUGCCCGCGGCAUGGCCCUGUACGAGGAGGUGGAGGCAGACGCGGAGGUGGCCGGGGAACGGGGGCGCAUCCUGCUGUCACUGUGCUACAGCUCUCAGCGGGGUGGCCUGCUGGUUGGUGUGCUGCGCUGCGCCCACCUGGCCCCCAUGGACGCCAACGGCUACUCAGACCCUUUUGUCCGCCUCUGCCUGCAUCCAAACGCAGGAAAGAAAUCUAAGUACAAGAGCAGCGUUCGGAAGAAGACUCUGAACCCCGAGUUCAAUGAGGAGUUCUUCUAUGCAGGCCCCCGGGAGGAGCUGGCCCAGAAGACGCUCCAGGUGUCCGUGUGGGACUACGACCUGGGCACAGCCGACGAUUUCAUUGGUGGGGUACAGCUGAGUGGCCACGCCAGUGGGGAGCGCCUGCAGCACUGGCGUGAGUGCCUGGGCCGCAGUGAUCACCGGCUGGAGCUGUGGCACCUGCUGGAUGGCGCGCCCCUCCAGCUCAGCAACUAGAUGGGCACCAGGCCUGACCCUGCCCGCCACCCUCCCCCCACUGCCUAUCCAUGUCCCUGCGGAGCUAGGAGGAGCCCGGGGGCUGCCUCACCCACCGCGCCCUCCUCCAGUCAAAGGGAUGUUCCCUCCCUUCUCUCCUUUCAAGUUUACCCCAUCGCCAAAAUGUGAAGCAAAAAUAAACAUCUCCUUCCA